GUUAUGGGGACACAAUUGUUGCAUCUAAUCCAUUUGAUGAUACUCCACCUCCAAUCAUGAAUACCAAUCCAAUAAAUCGGCAAAUGAUGAAUUCUCGUCCAAUGAUGUCUGGAAGUCCUUGUCAAAUGGGUAGUUCACCUAUGAAUUGUGGACCUCCAAUGGGUAGUCCAAUGGGAGGUCCAUGUGGUAACAGUCCACACAGAAAUUCUAUGGUAUGUGGUCCUCCAAUGAUGAACUGUGGUGCUCCUGGUAACAGUCCACAUACAAUGUCUAUGAAUCGAAGUCCAUCUGCUAUGGGUAGUCCACACAUGGUUUCAAAUAUGCGUGGGAAUAGUCCAAUGGAAUGUGCUGCUAUGGUGAAGCCAUCACUAAAUUGUGCUUCUCCUAUGGGUAGUCCUAUUCCACCUAAUUCUAGUAUGAAUAUUCACCCUCCAAUGUCAAGUCCUAUGACUAUGGGACCAUCACCACUUAAUGGACAUCCAAACUCUGGACCAGGUGGUAGCCCUAUGAUGAUGGGUAGAGGAGGACCUUCACCUCUAACUAAUAGUCCUAUGUCUAUGAAUAUGCCAGUUAGUUCAGCUGACAUGAAUGAUAUGAAUCAACACAUGUCUAUGGAUAAUGGAGGUUGUUCAAUUAGGGGACCACCAUGUCCUGGAUCUAACAAUAUGCCAUCAGUUUCUAUGUCGUGUAGGCCACCUAUGUCUAAUCAGCAGUGCAAUAGUAUGCCUGGACCUAGUAAUAUGAUGAAUUGUCCAAGGGGAAUGCCUUGCUCACAAAUGAUGAGGGGGCCACCACAAUCUUCUGAUCAACAUAGACUUAUGCCUCCUAUGAUGCACCAUUCUCAAAUACCUAAUAGUCAACCAGGAGGUUAUGGACCUGGGCCUAAUUCUAAACCAAUACCAGUGUCAGCUGGAAAGAUUUAUCCGCAUGAUCAACCUAUGGUGUUUAAUCCACAAAACCCUAAUGCACCACCUAUAUAUCCUUGUGGUAAUUGUCAUAAAGAAGUUCAUGAUAAUGAUCAAGCUGUUCUUUGUGAAUCAGGCUGUAAUUUUUGGUUCCAUAGAGUUUGUACUGGAUUAAUGGAACCAGCAUUUCAAUUAUUAACAGCUGAAGUGUAUGCUGAGUGGGUGUGUGAUAAAUGUUUGCAAACUAAAAACAUACCUUUGGUUAAGUACAAACCCUAAUAUAUAUCUUUAAAAACCGCGCUCAGAAUACAAUUGCAAAACUUUUCUCCAUGCACUGAGUUUCAGCAGAUUCAGUAAUUUAGCUGGUGAUAAUGUACUUAAUCUCGGGCACAAGCAUCAAUGCUUAUACUUACAAUGUAUGAAUUUUAUAAAAUCAAAAACAUAACUUUUUUCUUUUGAUAUUAUGUCAGUUUUAUUUCUAUUUUAAAUAUAUAUUAUUUAUAUAUGUG